AUGGAAUUGGCCGAAGACUUCGACUUUCUGACAGAUGAAGACAAAGAUUUCGCGCAAACUCUCAGGCGGCGCUUUCACGACGACUUCGCACAGCGCGAGGCUGAUGGCCGCGCCUACCCCUGCUUCUUCGGGCCGAUUGCCCUGGCUCGCAUUCUUCGGGCAGUUGAUGGAAACGUGGAGAAGGCUUGCGAGUGGUUUCAGGCUUUUCUCCAGGCCAUCUCUGAGCAGGGUGCCGAGGACUUAAUACAGGAUGUGAUCCGUCGCUUCGAAGCCGCAAAGUCCGAGACGAUUCACGCCAGCAUGCUCCCACACUACGAUGCCGUCAAGGACUUCUAUCAUGCAGAGCUCCAUGCAUUGCAGCUUUCGCCAGACGGCGACGCCAUUAUGUAUCUGCCGUUGAUUGACCAUGACAAGAAUGGCAUCAUGGAGCACAUGGACUGGGACCAGUGGGUCGCCUACAGCAAGGCCGGCACUGUGCUUCAGUGUUUGGCGCUGGACACCCUUAGCAGACGCACUGGCCGCAUCGCACGAAUCGUCCUUGUGGUCGACAUGGAGGGAUGCUCCUUAGACCUUGUGAUGAAUCGGACAUUUCUGCGUGCUCACAGGCGAGAUGUUGUGGACUGCUUUCAGCAGAAGGUGGCAGCUGAGAUAGUCGCCAAUGUCUAUGUGAUCAAUUUACCAUGGACGCUGGCGAACCUCUUCACCUUGUGUAAAACCUUUGUGCCGGCCAAGUUUUUGCAAAAGGUAAGGGUGCUGAGCGGCGACUCCCUGCGAGAUUCCUCUUUCGUGAAGCAUUGCGGAGGCCCCGAGCAGGUUGCGGGUUUCUUUGCGUCGCGGAAGGGUCUAGCCGCAAACAGCAGCCAAAAGGCACACAAGGAGCUGCACUCUUUAGAUCUUUGGCCAGAGAAGGAUGAGCUGGAGCUGGUUGGAAGGCUGCGUGCGAAGUUUGCUGACGAGUUCGAGCGUCGUGCGCAGACUGGGCACGACUGGCCCUGCCUGUUUAGCGACUUGGCACUGGCUCGCGUCCUACGUGGCAACGAGGGUUAUUUUUCAGAAUCAGUUAACUGGUUCCAGAAAUUUCUCGACAAGAUGGCAGAACAUCAAGUUGACCGUCUUGUUUCGACAAUGACACAGCGACUCGAAGAGUCUGGCCUGGAUCGUGGAUGCACGUCGAUGCUCCCCCACGCGUCGGAGAUAGAGAAGCACUUUCGCUGCGUCUUCUCGGCGCCGAGGCUGACGCCCUCUGGGGAUGUCAUUUGGUAUGUGCCGCUGGGUGAUUUCAAUCGUGAAUCCCUGGUCGAGGAGGUGGACUGGGCGCACUGGGUGGAGUUCCUGCGUGCAAUGGUGGUAUUGCGGGCUGUGGAGGCCCAGAAGCUCAGUGAGAGCCAGGGGCGCAUGGUGAAGUGCAUCAUGAUCCUCGAUUUGCACGGUAGCGGCACCACUGCUACCGGUUUUCCCAAGGUCGAGGAGUUCGACGACAGGAACCAAGCCAACAUGAAGUUUAUGCGCCAGAUCGUGAUCGAGGUUCUGGGCCCAGUGUACGUUCUCAACGCGCCUUGGGUAGCCGUGAAGGCUUUCAACUGGUUCAAAGCCCUGGUGCCGGAACGGUUUUCUCAGAAGCUGAUGCUUCUGGAUGGGGAUGGCACAUCGGAUCAGGAUUUCUUGGAGCUGGUGUCCGAGUCGCAGUUGAAGCACCUGCUUGCCACACGCGUCGGUCUGGUAUCUGGGGAAACUGAUGCGAAUUGUGGUGAUGCCCUUGUGGCAGCAGGCGAUUGCUUCCAACGAUGCCGGGAUUUGCGGGCCGGAGAAACAAUUUCUUGGUCCUUCUCAGUCGUUGCAGGAGAUGGAGACGCAUGGCUUGGUGCCUCCGACAUCGAGUUCUCGGCCUCCUUGUGGCUUCAUCCGGAAUUUGCUCAAGACGAGCAGCCGGAGGAAGAAAAUGUGGUCGUUGAAGCCGUUAUCGUGCAAGCUUCGAAAGGUGAGGUCUCUGGAAAGUACACAGCUUCUCGAGAUGGCGUUAUCACUCUGCGCUGGAGCAAUGAGCACAGCCGACUGCGAUCAAAAACGGUUCGGUACAGAAUCGACUUAUGA